GUCGCAUCGAAUACAAAUUUUGAUUAGCAGUAGCGGGCUUUCGAAAGUUUGAGAAAUGUCUAGCGUCAGUACUCGGAGUUCUCGGUCCAGGAACGUGGCGAGUGAUGAACAAACAUCAGCCGACUUGCUAAGCACCGGCACAACACAUGAAAGAACUGGAGAGUCAAGCCAUCGUCGCGCGAGAUCAAGGCGCUCCCGGACUGGUCAAACCGAUCCCAUUAGCAAUGCAGAACCUACAUCUGGUCUUCGCACAUCUGAAGUGGAACCAGGAAGUCCUUUGUCGUAUAGUGACAUGUCUAGUGUGGCUACUGUGGUGGGAGAGGAUGUUUUAAGUUCAGUUAGACCUGGUGUCAAUGAUGAGUUGGCUGUUCGAGCUGUUUUAUCUCAAUCUGGACGGCUUAUUCCUGCAACGACUGGUGCACUUGGAACUACUGAUGCAUCAACUGCUAGUGGGCCUCAGACGGUUAUAUGGGGUACUGAUGUAAAUAUUGCUCAAGUGAUGUCAAGAUUCAAACACUUCCUACUGACAUUCAUUCCUACAGACUUGACAGGUCAACCAAACUUAACUACUGGUCAACCUAUCGAUCCAGAAAGACCUCUUUACCUGCAAAGAAUGGAGGAUCUAGCAAUAUCCGGUUCAACUGCCUUAGAUAUUGACUGUGAACAUCUUCGUUCGGCUAGACCAGAGUUAUACACCCAGCUAGUAACUUUCCCGAAAGAAGUUAUUCCUGCGUGCGAUGCUGCUACACACGCUUUGUUUGUAGAUCGUUUCCGUGAAGUACAGCUGGAAAGAGCGAUACAGAUUCGUCCGUUCAACUGUGCGCGAUCACGUGAUUUACGUAGUCUUGAUCCAAGCGAUCUUGAUCAACUUGUAACUGUUACAGGACUUGUAAUCCGAUUGUCUCCUCUAAUUCCUGAAAUGAUGCGAGCUGAAUUCAAAUGUGCUAUAUGCGGUGCAAUGCAAUCCGUCCCAUGUGAACGUGGACGUAUCGCUGAACCUGAAGCAUGUAUUCGUUGUCAUUCAGCGCAUACAGCUCAGUUACAGCAUAAUCGUUGCUUAUUUGUGGAUAAGCAGAUGAUUAAACUACAGGAGUCACCGGAAGAUAUGCCUUCCAGUCAAACACCGCAUACAGUUCUUAUGUAUGCUCAUGAAGAACUUGUUGAUAAAGUACAACCCGGUGAUCGAGUUGUUGUCACAGGCAUUUAUCGUGCUAUACCAUUACGAAUGUCUAACCGAAUGCGGACAUUGAAAGCAGUCUACAAAACUUACAUCGAUGUCUUACACUUUCUUCGUGAAGGUGAUGAUCGAGCGCACAAUGAUCAAUGGGUUACUGAUGAAAAGACUACUGUAGAGGCACGUAUUCUACGUGAGUUUACAGAGGAACGGAUUGAGGAAUUUCAUACACUGGCUCGUAAACCUGAUCUUUAUGAACGUCUUACAGCAGCUAUUGCACCUACUAUCUACGAAAAUGAAGAUGUCAAGAAGGGUAUACUGCUCCAGUUAUUCGGUGGUACACGUAAAGAUUUCACUGCAAAAGGACGUGGUGAUUUUCGUUCUGAAAUCAAUAUAUUAUUGUGCGGUGAUCCUGGUACCUCAAAAUCCCAACUCCUUCAGUAUGUGUAUCGCCUGACACCUCGUGGUCAGUACACUUCUGGUAAAGGAAGCUCUGCUGUAGGCUUGACAGCUUAUGUUACAAAGGAUACGGAAACACGUCAGCUAACGUUACAAACGGGUGCACUAGUAUUGGCUGACAAUGGAAUUUGUUGUAUUGAUGAAUUCGAUAAAAUGUCUGAUUCAACUCGUUCCGUUCUACACGAAGUAAUGGAACAACAAACAUUGAGUAUAGCAAAGGCUGGUAUUCUAUGCCAACUGCAUGCGCGUACUUCAAUCUUAGCAGCUGCUAAUCCAAUUGGUUCUAAAUGGGAUCCUAGCAAGACAAUCAUUGAUAAUAUACAGUUACCUCAUACACUGCUGUCAAGAUUUGAUCUGAUCUUCUUAAUUUUGGAUCCACAAGAUGAAGUCUAUGAUACACGAUUGGCUAGACACUUAGUCAGUUUAUAUUAUCGUGGUACAACACCAAGUCAAGUGGAAAGUAGUCAAGAUGUACCAAAAACUACUAGUCGAGGUGUUCAUCAAAAGUCGAAAACUCGUCCAUCAGCUGUACUCCUUGAUAUGGAUAGCCAACCUGGUGGUGAUGAUGAUGGUUUAUCAGUGAGCGGUAAACUUUUAAAAGAUUACAUCACAUAUGCAAAAAUGAAGUAUCAUCCUAAAUUAACCGAGGAGGCCGGUGAAUACUUGGUUCGUGAGUAUGUGGAAAUGCGAAAAUUGGGUUCAGGUCGUGGGCAGAUAUCUGCAUAUCCUCGCCAACUUGAAUCACUUGUACGUUUAGCUGAAGCUCAUGCUCGUUUACGUCUAUCAAAUGAAGUCACUGCUGAUGACUGUCGUGAAGCUCGACGUCUGCAAAGAGAGGCAUUAAAACAAGCUGCUAUUGAUCCUGUCACUGGUACUAUCGAUAUCAAUAUUUUAACAACAGGUAUCAGUAGCAGUGUACGUAAACGACGUGAAGAAAUGGCAAUGGCAAUAUGGUCACUGCUUGACGAACGUCCACGUGUACUCACAUUUGUUUAUUCUCGUGUACUCGAGGAGUUACGUGCACGUUCUGAGCGUAUGAUAACACGUGAGAAUUUCGAGGAUGGAUUAAACUUUUUAAAGAAUACUAAUAAAAUUGAUUGGGCAGGAAAUACGAUACGUAAACGCUAAUCGCUAUUACUAUGAUUAUUAUUAUUAUUUUUUAAUGUGUUAAUUAUAUAUAUUUGUAAAACUGUAUCAUUACAACAGAAGAAACGGACAGAUUCUCGUAUUUAUAUAUUCGCAUUUAUACGCUUUUCACCCUCGUUUUAUGAUAAUAGUAAUAAUAAUAAUAAUAAUAAAAGUCAUGUUUAUAUA